AGGGUGUGUCUACGGCGGGUCGCGAGGUGCGGCGUGCAAUCCCGAGAGUUGAAGGAAGGGCCAUGCAGGGGCCGUUGGUUCUCUUCCUUUGCACCCAACCCGAGUGGUGCUAAGUCUUGCUCUCUGCCCCCGAGUGCCCAGUGCGGGGCUCCAGCGUCCGCCUUCCCUUGAGGCUCGCAGGUGGCGGCUGCCACCCCUCGCGGAAGUGAGGGGCGCGCCCCUUCACGGCCCUGCGGACCCCAGGCCUCCAUGGGCCGGACCCCGAAGACCAAUGUGUGCCGCCGACUGAGUCGCCGGGCUCUAGGCUUCUUCGCACGCGACGCCGGCGUGGUGCAGAGGACGAACCUGGGCAUCCUGCGGGCGCUGGUGUGCCAGGAGAGUACUAAAUUUAAGAAUGUUUGGACAACUCAUUCCAAGUCACCUAUAGCCUAUGAGAGAGGAAGAAUAUAUUUUGACAAUUACCGGUGCUGUGUCAGCAGUGUUGCAUCAGAGCCAAGAAAAAUUUAUGAAAUGCCAAAAUGUUCCAAGGCAGAAAAAAUUGAGGAUGCUUUAUUAUGGGAAUGCCCAGUGGGAGAAAUACUUCCUAACCCAUCAGAUUAUAAGUCCUCACUCAUAGCUCUGACUGCUCACAAUUGGCUGCUUCGUAUAUCAGCAACUACAGGGGAAAUCCUGGAGAAAAUAUACCUUGCUUCCUAUUGCAAGUUCAGGUACUUGAGCUGGGACACUCCUCAAGAGGUCAUUGCGGUCAAGUCAGCUCAGAACAAAGGCUCAGCAGGGGCCCGGCAGGCAGGCACUCAGCAGCCUGUUUUGUUGUACCUUGCAGUAUUCCGGGUUCUGCCCUUUUCCCUUGUAGGGAUUCUGGAGAUCAACAAAAAGGUUUUCGCGAAUGUCACAGAUGCUACGUUGUCACAUGGGAUACUGAUUGUGAUGUACAGCUCAGGACUGGUCAGACUGUACAGCUUCCAAGCCAUCAUUGAACAGUUCAUGCAGCAGAAACUUGACUUAGGGUGUGCAUGCAGUCAGGGCGGGACCACGGGGACAGUGGGAGAGGCUCCUCUUGGCAUCCCCUGUAAUGUUAAGAUCACAGACUCACCAUCUCCACUCUUUGAAGUUUCAUCCCUGGAGAAUGCAUUUCAGAUAGGAGGCCAUCCUUGGCACUACAUCAUCACACCUAAUAAGAAGAAACAGAAAGGAGUUUUCCAUAUUUGUGCCCUAAAAGAUAAUUCCUUGGCAAGAAAUGGAAUCCAAGAAAUGGAGUGUUGUUCACUAGAAUCUGACUGGAUCUAUUUCCACCCCGAUGCUUCUGGAAGAAUUAUACAUGUUGGUCCAAAUCAAGUCAAAGUCUUGAAGCUAAGUGAGGUAGAAAAUAAUAGUUCUCAGCAUCAGAUCUCUGAGGAUUUUGUCAUCUGGGCCAAUAGAGAAGACAGGAAUGAAAACUUAAUCACUGUUACAGCUUCUGGACGUGUGGUGAAAAGAAAUUUCAACCUUCUGGAUGAUGACCCAGAACAAGAGACCUUCAAAAUUGUGGACUAUGAAGAUGAGUUGGACUUGCUGUCCGUAGUAGCUGUCACUCAAAUAGAUGCCGAAGGCAAAGCUCACCUGGAUUUCCACUGUAAUGAGUACGGAACCCUACUCAAGAGCAUCCCACUCGUGGAGUCAUGGGAUGUGACAUAUAGCCAUGAAGUCUACUUUGACAGAGACUUGGUGCUACACAUCGAACAGAAACCCAAUCGAGUCUUCAGCUGCUAUGUUUACCAGAUGGUCUGUGACCCCGGGGAAGAAGAAGAAGAAGAAGAAGGAGAAGAAGAAGAAGAAAUUGUCAACAGAAGUGAUUAAGACAGUGCGAUCAUCGUAACUUGAGACAUUGGUGAAGCACCUAUCAGCUGUGUCCAGUCCUCCUUAUUGUCUGCAUGGAACAUUCUGCAGUAUUUUCCAGAACAGGUCUUGUGCUAGCUUCAAAGGACUAGGUCAAACUCUUGCCACAUAAGGUAGUAAGGACUCCAUUUUAUGUAAAUGCUCUCUAGGAUGCUGUCCCCAGACGCCCAGCAUUUUGAAACUUUUAGAUGAGGUGCUAAUGUGAAUAUAAAAUGCUAGGGAAUGGAAGACAGUUAAACUUAGGUGUCCCGGAGACAUCAUCAAUGCAGGGAUAAUUAGCAUGAUUCUUAAAGACUACUAUAAUGUUUUCAUUGGUAAGGCUAGGAGAAAGAAACAAAUAAAAAUGUGAAACAUAGAAGCCAGAAGUGGUGGAGGAAACCUGUAAUCCCCAGUACACGGCACGUUGUCGAGCAAAAAGAUCAGUUCACAGCCAGUGUUGGCUGUAUAACAAAUUCAGGACCAGCUUUACGAGGCCUGGUCUCAAUAUGACAACCAAAAGAUUAAUCCUAUAUGCUCUAGACAAGGAUUAAGGAUUAGAAAUAGGAGUUAUAAUGUGAAAUCAUACAUUUUUGAUUUUGAGCCAAAAAUCACCACAGCUUCUUUGUAAAAAAUAAUAUAUAUGUAGUUUUUUGUGUGUUUCUAUACAAUAUCAAGAAUUGAUUCUAGUUUUCAAAUUACCAUUUCUUAUAUGGUCUUAUUCCCAUGGCCUGAUGUUCUCAUUGACUGUAUUUGGUGUGUGUGUAUCUUGAUACCAGUGCACUUGAGUGUUUUUAUGAGGAUAUAUAUGCAUGUUCAUGUGUGUACAGGUAUGCCUGCAUGUGUGCAUGUGCAUUUGGAGGCCUGAAGUCAGCCAGUGGUGGUGUUCUCAAGAGCCAUCUACUUCGUGUUUUGAGAUGGGGUCUCACUAGGAUCUGGGGCUCACUGAUUAUGCUAGUCUGGUUGGCUAGUCAGGAGUUCUCCUGUCGCUUCCCCAGCACUGGGAUUAAAGGCAUACCAUCAAGCCCGGAUAUUUCCAUGGAGGCAAGCACUGUCCAGACUGAGCUAUCUCCCCGCACUGGGUAUUUGUGUUAUAAAAGACUCCAAGCAACACUGAAAUGAAACCUUUUCCUGAUUUGUAGCCUGUUUCGCUCCUAAUACAUCUGAAGAUGUUGGUCUAUUUUCCA